AGGAGUUGGCUCAACCAAUUCCUCCUCGCAGCGCCAGUGUGCCCAGCAGGUGCUGCGACCCCAGCUGGCCCGCGGUAUGGCGCGCGCCCAGCCAGCACCGCCCCAGACACUGGCACAGGACUUCGCCGGCAACGCCUGCGAACCCAUCAAGCCAGACACGAGCAUGGCCAAGCUCGGAGACCUCAGCAAGUUCGGCAGCCUCGGCGAGAGCGUCGCCUCGAGCGCGGCCACCACCUGCGACUGGCCCGGCGGCGGGACCGACGGGCGGAGGCAGGUCUCCCAGGCGGCGUGCUCGGACGCCUCCUCGUGGGAGGAGCUGGGGGUGGAGCUGACGAGAGACGAGAUCCUGUCGGCUGUCCGGAGCGUGGUCAAGAACAGCGUGCACGCAGCCUCCGUGAUGGACCCCACGGACCCCGACCAGCGCCUGCUGGCGGUGUCGGAGCCGCUGCAGGAGCUCACGGGGUUCCACGAGUCGGAGCUGCUGCAGGCGUCCGCCCGGCUCCUGACCGCGGGCUGCGAGGACGAGAUAGACCCCGGAGUGCAGGCCGCCAUGAGGAACGCGCACCUGACUGGAAGCCCGCUCCUCGCCCAGGCCGUGAACCGGAACAAGCAGGGCUGGCUCUUCUGGAACACCAUGUACAUCCGCGGCCUGAUCGUCGCCGUCGACCCGGUCUCCGAAGAGCCGCUGUGGCUCGUGUUGACGACCUACUCCGGCUCGGAAGGGCCCUCCGACGAGGACGAGGAGGACUCAGGGCCUCCCGCGACGCCCUGCGCCGGCUGUGGGGCGCCGGCGAGGACCUCCGCGCCGAGGUCCAGAGCGCGCUUGCCCGGCUGCCGCCCGGCGGAGCCUGCCGCCCGGCCGGGCCCGAGGCGGAGGCUCCGCCGGGCUGCCGCGGCGGCGCCGCCGAGGACUGCUGCGGCCUGGGCAGCGGCCAGUGCAUCGCCCUCCAGUGGCCGCGCUGGUGCUGAGCGUGCCACGCCGCUCUGCAUCGUCGGCGAGAUCGCCCCGUCUGCCGCCCGGCCGAGUCCGAGGCGGACGCUCCGCGGCGACUCCGCCGAGGACUGCUGCGGCCUGGGCAGCGGCCAGUGCAUUUCAGGGCCGCUGAGACCAUGGCACUACACGCCAGGACUUUGAACAGCUGGGGAGAGCGAAGAGUGGAGGAUGCUUCGACCAUCGGGGGCAGUUCUAUCGGGCGCGCCAGUGUAUUGGUUUAUCCAGAAGUGCCCGCUCAAGGGUUCCUGAGCAUCGCCCUUGAUUGGCCUCGCUGGUGCUCAGCAUGGCGUGCCUGGCUGCUUCACUCGCAUAGGAGCGAGAGCGUGUGCGCGGGCUGUGCAGCUGCUUGCUUGCCACCUCGUUUGGCGACGACGCAGCCGCAACAGCUCGGCAGCGUCUGUACUAGCCGUCUUCCAGCGUAUUGGUGGCAGAUGGCGCCAUGUACACGUUCCCUUGCGGUCUGCGCGGCUUGCAUCGUGAGUUCUCCAGCCUGCCGCUUUUGCAGCUGGGGAGUGGAGGGUUCCGCCGCACUUGCUCCCCAAGGGCUUGACGACUUGUAUGCCAUCGACUCCUCGUGGACAGCAGAAGUCGUUAAGCCCUGGACGAUUUACUCGGCCCUCUCUCUCUCUCACAGAGCCCAGCCUGUCGUGCCAAGGGGCAGGUCCGCGCGCUCCACUUGCGCCGCCCACCGAGAGCGCCACGAUCUCGAUAUGCUGUGGCCAGUCGGUGGUGGGAGGAUGCCAGACCCAGACCUCGCGUCGUGAAAAAAUCACGACGGAGGUUUUUCGCUAUUUUCGGCCUCCGGGGGCCCUUCCCGGGCCUCGGGACCGUCAAAAAACGACUCAGGACGAAAAACCGGUCCCGGGGAAAGGGUCCAGACCUCUGGGGGUCGACGUCGUGAAAAAAUCACGACGGCGGGGGUUUGGGGAGCUAGGCUUUGUCCAGGUGGCGCUGGUGUACUCCGCUCGAGCGGCUUUGGACUUCCUUCAGCGAUGAAGCUCUGGCGUUUUGGCUUGGCAUUCAGUCCAAUGGUGGGCCGUGGGAUUGGCAGGGGGGGCGCGCCGCUUCCCCUCGGCCGCGCGAGCCUGCGAAUCAUGAGACACUGGAGAUCACUGCGAGACUCGUGAGCAUCCUCAGCGUCUGGUCGGCCCGCCGGCCAGAACUCGUCGUCCCCCUCCCCUCUUCGGUGGGUGAGACACAGCCCCCGCCGAUGAUGCCGCCGAUGACGUUUCACCAAGCAUGCGUUCGACGCGGCGGCGACCCCAGCGCGGGCGCUCGAGGUUGAGCGCCGCUUGAGGCCCAGAUUCGAGCGACCUGCACGGUCGGAACGCCGCGGUUGUUCAAGGCUUGACGAGCCACGCGGCGUCACAAGUUGGCGCCGACGCCGUCGCGACACGAGCCUGCCCUGCGUCGGCACUCUGCCGAGGGGCCCUCGGGUGCUCUGCGGCCCGGCCAGCCGCCGCGGCUCUCUGGCCUCUUGAUCGCCCGCGCUCCCUCGGGAGAGCGCUUCGCUGGGAUCGAGGGAAGAAGCACGCCGACCAUGACCAAGAUAUCGCGGGAUCUUGCCGACGCCGACCUCGGUCAUCGUCUUUGCUUCUGUCUGUCGCCGCUCCGCGCGACUCUGGAGUUCUGCCCGGAUUCCCUCCGGCCAGGUUUUCCUCGGUGCCCCCUUCUCUGCUGUUACCGCACGACUGCAGCGGGCGGUACAUAGUUUCAAGUGGCCCAGGCUGGUCAAGCGCGGUCGCAAGGGUGGCGUCAAUUCUCCCAAAUCCGAGUCGUUCUAGAUUGCGGCCAGAUUUUGAGGACAUUCUGCAUUGCAAGCGAUAUAGCGCUGCCAGCCGCUACCGCCCACCGACCUUGGGUGCAGGCGAUUCUUCCUUCCCACAUCGCGAGCAGAUCAAGUGCACGCAGGUGUUCGAUGAUACCGCUUCACCGUAUAAGGGCACCAGAUCAGCAGUCUUCCUUCUCCGCCUCCUGUUUCUGUUGCUACUCAUCCAAUGAUCGGGGUUACGAUAAUGAUCCUAAGUCAUGGGGGGCGGGGGCAGAAUUACUUCCUUUGCUUCGACUGCUGGCUCGUGUCAUGCUGGCCAGAGUGCGUAUUGUGUGCCAUGGUUGUUCUUUUUUAGUGAAAUCCGUAAGCUUUAUAAACUCAGCUCGCUCCAGGUACUACGCUACCCAGUUGCGGGUCUUUUUCAAUAUGCUUGAUUUCAGGAGAGAUGCCUCCUGUUUCAAGACGGUCGUCGGCUGCGCCGGGAAAGCUCCCCCCGAGCCUUGUCUGGCUGUCGCGCGCUUAAUAGCCAGACAAUUCGAGCGCGCGCGGACGGUCUAUUUUUGAAUCGUGCGCAAGAACCGAUCAUAUGAGCGUGCAGACAAACAUGCACGGGCGUGGUUCAGGAAGGAAAAAAACACAGACAC